AAUUACAAACGUCAACUACAAAACUUGCAAGAUUUUUGUCCAAUCAUUGUUGGUUCAUUCAACAUACAUUCGGCAUUUUUGAAUUUAAAGUCGAUUUUUAUUGUGAUCCAGUGUCGAUAACCAGUAACAAAAUCUAUCGGAAUGUCCAUCACUUCUUACAAUGGGGGCUGUGUGGUCGCAAUGCUCGGAAAAGAUUGCGUUGCAAUAGCCACAGAUCAUAGAUUCGGUGUCCAGGCACAGACAAUUGCAACCGAUUUCGAAAAGGUGUUCGAGAUCAAUCCGCAUCUGUACUUGGGCUUAUGUGGUCUCCAAUCAGACAUUCUAACGGUAAAGGAUCGCUUGAUAUUCCGUAAAAAUUUGUACGAGGUACGUGAAAAUCGCCCAAUGACACCGGAACGAUUCGGCUUCAUGUUGUCCAGCUUCUUGUACGAGAAACGUUUCGGUCCAUACUUCAUCGAGCCCGUCAUAGCCGGACUACAUCCGGUCACAUUCGAACCGUUCAUCUGUAAUAUGGAUUUGAUUGGCUGCAUAGAAAAACCAGACGAUUUCGUUGUGAGUGGAACUUGCUCGGAACAACUGUAUGGAAUGUGCGAAACGCUGUGGAAGCCCGAUUUGCAGCCGGACGAUUUAUUUGAAUGCAUUUCGCAGGCGAUGAUAAAUGCGUUCGAUCGGGAUGCUAUGUCUGGAUGGGGUGCAACGGUCUACAUCAUCGAAAAGGAUAAGAUCACCGCCAAAACAUUGAAAACUCGAAUGGAUUAAGUUUGUUCUUUCAAAAAUAUCAAAGGAAUACAUUUUUCUACGCUUAAGAAAACAU